GAGAAAAAUGUGUUUUGUGAAGAAGAAGGGGUGGUGGUGGAAGACAGAAGAAAGCAACUUCAUUUUCAACCAAACAGUUAAAUUAGUGGCAACCCAUUUCUUCUCUUUCUUUCCAAAUGCUUUCUAAAGCUUCAACCACUGCCAUGUCCGCUUUUUCUUCCUGUUCCAGGGUGAGAACUGGGUUUAGUGUGUGGCCUAAUGUGAGGCAACUUUGCUUUAGAAAGGGAAUUUUAUAUGGAUUUAUGCGACUUUUUUCCACGCCAUAUAAAACACUGCGUGGAGGAGCUAGUCGCUCACUUAGAGUGGCUCGGUUUUGCAGUGUUGCCAAUAUGUCUUCCUCAUUGCAGAUUGAAUUGGUACCUUGCCUGAGUGACAAUUAUGCGUACAUUUUACAUGAUAUUGAUACGGGCACAGUUGGAGUUGUUGAUCCUUCUGAAGCUACGCCUGUCAUAGAUGCAUUGAGCAAGAAAAAUCGGAACUUGAAUUACAUACUCAACACUCACCAUCAUCAUGAUCACACUGGUGGAAAUGUAGAAUUAAAAGCAAGAUAUGGGGCAAAGGUGAUUGGUUCAGCAACCGACAAGGAAAGGAUUCCUGGCAUUGAUAUCCAUUUGAAUGACGGUGAUAAGUGGAUGUUUGCUGGCCAUGAGGUUCAAGUAAUGGACACACCUGGUCACACUCGAGGCCACAUCAGCUUCUACUUUGCGGGAUCUGGGGCAAUUUUUACAGGAGACACUUUGUUCAGCUUGUCAUGUGGCAAACUCUUUGAAGGAACCCCUCAGGAGAUGCAAUCUUCUCUUGGAAAGAUCAUGUCUUUACCAGACGAUACAAGUAUAUACUGUGGACACGAGUACACAUUGAAUAAUACGGACUUUGCAUUGAAGCUUGAACCUGGAAACAAGGAACUUCGAUCCUAUGCUGGCCACGUGGCCUCCCUUCGAAGUAAAGGCUUGCCCACGAUUCCGACCACACUGAAGAUGGAAAAGGCUUGCAAUCCAUUCCUCCGUACUUCCAACGCACAAAUCCGGCAAUUGUUAAACAUUCCAGCCACAGCAGAUGAUGCAGAAGCCCUGGGUAUCAUCCGACAAGCAAAGGAUAAUUUUUAAAGACUCCUGUAUAGAGUAGGUUAAUGAACUAUGAACCAUUGACGCGGACACGACACUGACACCAAUAGCAAUAUGAGAAUGAUAUUGAAUGUAAUCACAUGUUUCAGUGUCGUGUCGGUGUUGGACACUAACACGUGUCGGAGACAAAACAAGCCUUUGAUCAUAAGUGUUGGUUUUACAUAGUUAAUGAAUCCAUUUGUGGAAUAAUUUAUGCUUUGAUGUCAUCAUAAUAAGAUUUCUGAAUUUUGUUUUUGAGUUCAUUCUUGAGUUCUCGGGUUUAAAAGUAGGUAUUCCCUCAAGGUGGUAUAUAUAUAUGUUUAACAUUCUUGGUGCUUAAGAAGCUUUUAUUGCAAAUUUUCAA